CCAGCGACGAGACGCUUUGGUGCUGCUGCGUUAAGAUCCAGUCCGGCGCGAGCACCACCCGAGGUCCCAACUAUGCCCAGCCUAAGAGCUCGCCCUGGGGAGGCAGAGAUGGAACCCUCAGCUCCAGAACCAUCUCCUUGUACCCCUACAGCACUAGCCUGUGUGAGUGAUACUCCUGCUGUGACCCACCCUGGAUCUGCAAUCUGUGGGUCCCUCUGCUGUGGCAUUAUUGAGCUGGAAGCCAUCCACCCUCACCAUCAACCAGAUCGUGAUGCGAGGAAUGAGAACAAGGAGUUUCAUCCAAAGGAAGACGUUGUUGAGGAUCUGGAAUCACAAGCAGAAGUAUCAGAAAACUUUGCUGGUGAUGUUUCCCAGGUGCCCAAGCUUGGAGUGCUCUGUGAUGACCUACUAGAAAGAGAUUGGGGUGUCUCUGAAGGUGAGAGCCUGGUACAGUCCCUCCACCAGGAAAGGGACUUCACACCAGUGACCAUGUUCCUUAAAGGCCACUUAGGAGAAAAAGGUCUAGACUAUAAUGGUUUUGACAGAAGCUUCAAUCUAAGCCCAAGUUUAAUGGUGUAUCAAGGAGUCCUUACCGAAGAGAGGCCACAUCCAUACAAGUGUGGCCAGAGCUUCCAGCACAGUGUGGACCUAACAGAUCACAAAAGGAUUCCCAUAACUGAAAGCCCACUCAUUUGUACCAGGUGUGGGAAAACCUUCAGAGGAAACCUUGACUUUGUUCAACAUCAGAUACCUAAUACUGGGGAAAAGUCCUUUAUGUGUAAUGAGUGUGGAAAAUCCUUCAGCCAGAACUCAGUUCUUAAAAACCACCGGCAAUCUCACAUGAGUGUGAAAGCGUACCAGUGUAGCGAGUGUGGAAAAGCCUUUCAUAGGUACACAGACUUUGCUGGGCAUCAGGCUUACCACAGCGGUGAGAAGCCUUACACAUGCAAUGAAUGUGGGAAAGCCUUCAGCCAGAACUCAAGCCUUAAAAAGCACCAAAAGUCUCACAUGAGUGAGAAGCCCUAUGAAUGUAGUGAAUGUGGGAAGGCUUUUAGGCGGACCUCAAACCUCAUCCAACAUCAAAGAAUCCAUUCAGGGGAGAAACCGUAUGUGUGUGACAAAUGUGGAAAGGCUUUUAGGCGGAGCUCAAACCUUAUUAAACACCACAGGAUUCACACAGGUGAGAAGCCUUUCGAGUGUAGAGAGUGUGGGAAGGCCUUCAGCCAAAGUGCACACCUCAGGAAGCAUCAGAGGGUCCAUACUGGAGAGAAACCUUAUGAGUGUAAUGAUUGUGGCAAACCCUUCAGUCGCAUCUCCAACCUCAUUAAACAUCACAGAGUUCACACUGGAGAGAAACCUUACAAAUGCAGUGACUGUGGGAAAGCAUUUAGCCAGAGUUCCAGCCUUAUUCAGCAUCGGAGAAUUCACACUGGAGAGAAGCCUCACGUAUGCAAUGUGUGUGGGAAAGCCUUUAGUUACAGCUCUGUGCUCAGGAAGCACCAGAUAAUUCACACAGGAGAAAAACCAUAUGGGUGCAGUGUCUGUGGGAAGGCCUUCAGCCACAGCUCAGCCCUCAUCCAGCAUCAGGGUGUGCACACAGGUGACAAGCCCUAUGAGUGUCGUGAAUGUGGGAAAACUUUUGGUCGCAGUUCCAACCUCAUCCUUCACCAGCGAGUCCACACUGGAGAGAAACCCUAUGAAUGUACUGAAUGUGGAAAAACCUUUAGCCAGAGCUCAACCCUCAUUCAGCACCAGAGGAUUCAUAACGGGUUGAAACCCCAUGAAUGUCACCAGUGUGGUAAAGCUUUCAAUCGAAGCUCAAAUCUCAUUCACCACCAGAAAGUUCAUACUGGGGAGAAGCCCUACACAUGUGUUGAAUGUGGUAAGGGCUUCAGCCAGAGCUCACACCUCAUUCAACAUCAGAUAAUCCACACUGGUGAGAGGCCCUAUCAGUGCAUACAGUGUGGGAAGGCCUUCAGUCAACGUUCUGUCCUAAUCCAGCACCAGAGGAUUCACACUGGAGUGAAGCCCUAUGGUUGCUCUACUUGUGGGAAAGCCUUUAGCCAAAGGUCAAAGUUGGUUAAACACCAGUUGAUACACACCAGGGAGUAGCCUCUGGACUGGGAGGAAUGAAGUUAAGCCAUGGUUCCUCUUCCACUCCUCUGACCCUUUGUCUCAACCUCUCCCCUUUCCAACCUUAACCCUAUGUCCAGCUGCCACAAAGCCUGGAGCCCUCCUUUGAAACACCUUUCAAGCC